ACACACACACAGGCGCACGCACACUGCAGUGAUGGGCUCCUGAUGGCACGCCGUCUGACUCCUGUGGUGAAGCUGUUGAUAGGACGCAUCACCUCCUCCGGGGUUUUCGUGCCAUUAGAGCAGCGGCAUUCUGUAGGGUGCACGAGCCAGGUCCGAGCUUGAGCUUUAGUUGGAAUGGGGGUGAAGCUGUAGGGUGAAGGAGCAUGCUGAAGCGGGUUGGGAAGAGCAGCUGCAACCCUUACUCAACAAGUGAGAGAGUCAGGAAAAUCGAGCCUAAAGGCAAGGGCCGACUGGACAUACUACCCAACAAGCACAACAAUUGGCUGAAACAGCUGUCCAUUCUCCCGGAGCAGCCCCGCAAGGACGCGGGUGAGGCUCCUCUCCCGUCACCGUUACUUGUGUACGCCUCGACGCUCUCACCGGCCGGCGCACAGCAGGAUCCCUCCCUCUCCUGCCCCAAUACGCCCAGCGCUCAGCACAAUAAGUUGGCCGCCAUGCAUGGAGUGGGCAGCCAGUCUCCUGUCGCCACUCUGAAGAGACCAACUGCACUGAGCAGACACGCCAGCGCUGCAGGGCUCCCGCUGCAGUCGUGGGUGUUCACCAGAGGACAGGGGAAGGGGGCCCUGGCCCCAGCCCCUCCGCCCGAGUGCCCAGAGAGCACAGCCAUCGAGGUGGAGGACAUCCCGGCCCUGCUGAGGGACGUGGCGCGCUUCGGUGAAGCGGUCGAGAAACUGAAGGAUGUUGUCCUUGUUGAAGACACAGAGAGUCAGCGACCGAUAGCCCAUGAGUGUUUGGGAGAGGUGCUGCGGGUCCUGCGUCAGGUCAUCAACACGUACCCACUGCUCAACACCGUGGAGAUCCUCACUGCCGCUGGCAAGCUCAUAUCCAAGGUCAAAGGUUUCCACUAUGAAGCCAGUACUGAAGCAGAUAAAAUGGACUUUGAGAAGGCAAUUGAAACCAUUGCAGUUGCUUUUAGUAGCAACGUUUAUGAGCUUCUAAUGGGUGAGGUGGACAGCAGCACGCUGCUCUCGCUGCUGCCCACUGAAAGGAGCAGGUCAAUGGAGAACCUGUAUGCUGGGACUGGCCACAGAGCAGAAGGUGGACAGCUGAGGGGUGACCUGCAGGACUCUGGCAGGGUUGAGGAAGUGGAUGUGAUCCUCCAGCACAGCGAGGGAGGGGUGGACUCCGCUCUGCUCUAUGCCAAAACCAUUUCUAAGUACAUGAAGGACCUCAUAAACUAUGUGGAAAAGAGAACUUCACUAGAGAAUGAGUUCUCCAAAGGUCUUCAGAGAUUAUACCAGUCCUGCAAACACAGCAUCUUACAUCCCUACAUGCCGCUCUUCUCCAUCUACUCCCUGGCUCUGGAGCAGGACCAGGAGCAGAGUGUGGGCCUGCAGCAAGCAAGCACCACCCUCCACAACCAGACCUUCAUCCAGCCCCUCAUGCAACGAAGGCAGGAGCACGAGAAGAGUCGAAAGGAGAUCAAGGAACACUGGAUUCGAGCUAAGAGGAAGCUGAUGGAGUGCGAGGCAAACCUGCGGAAGGCCAAACAGGCCUACAUGGCGCGCUCUGAAGACUAUGAGAAGGCCAAAAUGGCAGCCUACCGGGCCGAGGAGGAGGGAGGGGGGUCGACGGCAAAAUCCCUGGAGAAGAAGAAACGAUUAGAGGAGGAGGCUCGCAACAAGUCAGAGGAGGCGGAGGCCACCUACAAGACAUGUAUAGCAGACACCAUCACUCAGCAGCUGGAGCUGGAUCACACCAAGGUCACGGUGCUGAGGCAGCUGCAGGACAUCAUUAAGCAGAGCGACCAGACCAUUCGCUCGGCGACCAUCUCCUACUACCAGCUCAUGCACAUGCAGACGGUGGUGUUGCCCGUCCACUACCAGACUCUCUGUGAAAGCAGCAAACUGUACGACCCCGGACAGCAGUAUGCGGCCCACGUUCACGAUCUUCAACUGCCGGAGCAACCUAAUGUCGACUACACGUUUGAGUCCUACUCCUCCUGCAGCACACUUUCACACCAUGGGCACAGACCACGGAAUGACAGCUUCAACACAGAGGCACACACCAGUCAGGAAGACAGUCUUCGCACUCCCGUGUACACAGCACCUGGUGACAGCAGAGACAUGGAGGUGAACCGCAAACGACAAGGCCACAAGUCGUGGGGCUCCACAGUGAGCGAUGACAGUGUGGGAGGAGAGGGAGGCCUGGAUUCGCCCACUGCCAGCAGCAGUGACAUCAAUAAAAUGGCUCGAACGUCAUCAACUGGCACAAUAUCGUCUAUUGAAGAUGCCGAUGAGAAAGAAGGGACUGUCACCUCAUUUGAAACUCAAAAUAUUAACGGCAUGGAUGCAGACGCGGCGUCCGCCAGGCCUUUCCGUAACAUCGGUCUGUCCAAAGCUGCCCUGACCCACAGACUGAGAAAGCUACGAACUCCUGCCAAGUGCCGUGAAUGCGACAGUUACGUUUACUUCCAGGGUGCUGAGUGUGAGGAGUGUUUCCUGGCCUGUCACAAGCGCUGUCUGCAGACUCUGGCUAUCCUGUGUGGCCACAAGAAGCUGCGUGGCCGUCUGCAGCUGUUCGGCAGGGAGUUCACUCAGGUGGCCAGCUGCGCCAGCGACGGCAUCCCCUUCAUCAUCACCAAAUGCAUCUCUGAGAUAGAGAGACGUGCGCUCAAGCUGAAGGGCAUCUACAGAGUGAACGGCGCAAAGACUCGCGUGGAGAAACUCUGUCAGGCCUUUGAAAAUGGCAAGGAGCUGGUGGAGCUGUCGCAGUGCUCACCACAUGACAUCAGCAACGUCCUCAAGCUUUAUCUCAGACAGCUGCCGGAGCCCAUCAUGCCCGUCUACCUGUACAACAGACUCAUGACUUUGGCCAAAGACAGUCUGCACAGCGAAGCAGACGCCGCCGAAGGGGAGGCGGCUGAGGCGAGCGGUGCGAACCCCGCUCUUUGCCGCCCCUCGGAGCUGGAGGAUCGUGGUCCAGACACAGACCCAGAGGUCCUGGUUCUGGUGGACAAUCUGAGGGAACUUGUCAAAGAACUGCCCAAACCAAACAUCGCCACCCUUCGUUACAUAAUCCGCCACCUUCGAAGGAUCGCGGAGCUGCAGGAGGACAAUAAGAUGAGCCCGAGUAACCUGGGGAUUGUGAUGGGGCCCGCCCUGAUGCGUCCCCGUCCAACGGGAGCCACGACAUCUCUGUCUUCUCUGGUCGAUUACCCCCAUCAGGCUCGCAUUGUGGAGGCCCUCAUCGUCUUCUACUCCUCCAUCUUUCAGUCGAAAACUUCUCAGUCCAACAAAGGCUCUGCUUUCAAAUGCAUUCAGCAGGCUAGUGUUACAGAUGACAAAGUGAGCAGUUCAGCCAGUGGGGACGAGGACGGCAGCAGAGAGGAGCAGAGCAAGACUGAGGAGAGAUUUGAGAGUUCUCUGGGAUCAAGCGAGCAGUUCCCCGACUCCGACUGGGAGGCAGAUGAGGGCAGUCAGAUGAGUUCACGCUGCCACAGCCUGAUGAACCAGGAAAGCCUGUGUGACGACGAACUGAGCAGCGUGAGAGCAGAGGAUCUCACCUUGUCCUUGUCCGAACUCAACGUGAAUCAGUCCAACAACGGCUAUCCAUUCGCACAUGUGAUCAGGUCGAAGACUGUGACAUACCGAAAAGGGGAAGAACCGUCCCUGAUCAGGAGGAGGUACUAUGUGCCUGAGUUGGACUGAUAUCAUGUUAAUCAUACGUUUUUAAAAGUUUUAAAUCAAUGUAGAUGUUUGCGACUGUGUUACUUCUCCACAGCAGUGUAACACCUGCAAGUGUUACGCUCUGAUUCAAAUGAAUUUUUUUGUAGAUCGUUCAAAUUUGCUCAGUAAGGCACAUUUGAAUCAGCGAAACUCUUCAAGAACAUUUCCUUUUAAGUGCAGCUGGUUUUAUUUCAUCCCUGAAUUUAAAAAAAUAACUUACUAUUAUCUUUCAAGUGUUGUCUGUAUUGCAUUUUAUGUAUGUAUUUUGUGGACUUAAAUAAAAUGGCUUUUAU